AUGGAGAAUCUUGGUAUCCUAAUUGCACUGUUUUUCCUCUUCUCCUCCUCCACUUCCCUUCACCCAUCUUCUCAUACUAAUCUCCAAAACCGUUGCCUUGUUGACCAGAGGUCUACUCUCCUACAAUUGCAACAUCAUCUCUACUACGCCCCAAACUUCACUUUCUCUUCCAAACUUGACCUUUGGGAUCCCAACACCCAUUGUUGCUCUUGGAAAGGAGUUACAUGCCAUGCUCUUGGUCAUGUGAUUGGGAUUGAUCUCAGUUACCAAAACCUUUCAGGCAGCCUUCACUCCAUUUUCAAUCUCCAUCACCUCCAACGCCUUAAUCUUGCUGGAAACAAUUUUAAUACCACUCUGUUUCAGUAUGGGUUUGGAAAACUCCCAAAUUUAACUCAUCUCAACCUCUCGGCCUCAUAUUUUCAUGGCCAAAUUCCGGAGGGGAUUUCAUACCUAACAAGGUUAGUCUCUCUUGACCUAUCUUACCAACGUGAGUGCUAUCGAAGAAAUGAUCAAAGUUAUGAUCCAUUUUACCCUGCUUUGAAACUAGAGAAACCGAACUUCAAGACAUUCAUGAAGAACAUGAGGUCUCUCAGAGAGCUGUAUUUGGAUGGAGUGAAUAUUUCAAGUCAAAGUAGUCAAUGGUGUGAAACCACAUCGUUGUCACUUCCUAAGCUGAGUGUUUUAAGCAUGUCAGCCUGUGGUUUGACCGGUCCAUUUUGUUCAUCACUCUUAAAGCUUCGUUAUCUUUCUAAAAUUAACCUUGAUUCUAAUACAAUCUCUUAUUUGCCUCCCAAGUUUUCGAAAAUUUCUUCUCCAUUGGUUUCUCUUAUUUUAGCACAUUGCAAUUUGAGUGGGCAUUUUCCAGCAGAAUUUUUCUUAUUGCCCAAAAUUCAAAGAAUUGAUAUUUCAUGGAACUCACGUCUCAUGGGUCAGUUGCCAGAAUUUCCAAUUAACAACACUUUAGAGGUGUUGUCAUUGACAGGUGCUAAUUUUUCUGGAUCUAUUCCAGCAUCAAUUGUAUUGAAGCAAUGCUCCAACAAUUGGUAUCGAGCUUAUUUCUUAAGGGAUCAUUAUACAAAUUCAUGGCUUCAUCAAGCUUUUCACCACCGCACCUCAAGUCUUCAAUGGAGAAGGCUACCACAUAUGGGUGGUCAAAAUGAAGACCUACCUACAGGCUUUCGAUCAUGGGAGGUAGUCAACUCAGAUGUUGAACGAGCCACUUAG